AUGUGUUUGUUGUCAGACUCACAGAACUAUUACCACAGACGGAAUGAGAUCACAACCACAGACAACCUGGACUUCAAACAUCACAACUACAAAGAGAUGAGGCAUCUGAUGAAGGUGGUUAAUGAGAUGUGCCCCAACAUCACAAGGAUCUAUAACAUCGGCAAGAGCCACAGCGGACAGAAACUCUACGCCAUCGAGAUCUCAGACAACCCCGGAGAGCAUGAACCAGGUGAACCAGAGUUCCGCUACACGGCCGGUUCCCAUGGUAACGAGGUGCUGGGCCGGGAGCUGCUCCUGCUGCUGAUGCAGUUCAUGUGUCAGGAGUACCUGUCGGGUAGCCCACGGAUACGUCACCUGGUGCACGAGACCAGGAUACACCUGCUCCCUUCCGUCAACCCCGACGGUUACGACAAAGCCCUUGAAGUGGGUUCAGAGCUGAGUGGCUGGUCCCUGGGUCGGUGGAGUGAGGACGGAGUAGACAUCCACCAUAACUUCCCUGACCUCAACUCCAUCCUGUGGGAGGCUGAAACAAAGAAAUGGAUCCCCAGGAAGAUGCUCAACCACCAUGUGCCCAUUCCCGAAUGGUAUCAGUCCGAGAACUCCACGGUAGCAGCAGAGACGCGUGCGCUGGUCUCCUGGAUGGAGAAGAUCCCGUUCGUCCUGGGUGGUAACCUCCAGGGAGGGGAGUUGGUGGUGACCUUCCCCUACGACAGGACCCGUUCCCAGGGUGUAUCCAGGGAGCAGACCCCCACCCCAGACGACCACGUCUUCCGCUGGCUCGCCUUCUCCUACGCAUCCACCCACCGCCUGAUGACCGACGCCAGACGACGAGUCUGCCACACCGAGGACUUUGCCAAGGAAGAUGGCACCAUCAACGGGGCGUCCUGGCACACCGCGGCAGGGAGUAUGAACGACUUCAGCUACUUGCACACCAACUGCUUUGAGCUGUCGAUGUACGUGGGAUGUGACAAGUUCCCCCAUGAGAGUGAGCUGGCGGAGGAGUGGGAAAACAACCGGGAGUCUCUGCUCGUCUUCAUGGAGCAGGUGCAUCGUGGGAUCAAAGGCAUUGUCUGGGACAUGCAGGGGCGGGGCAUAGCCAACGCCACCAUCCAAGUGGAAGGGAUCGGCCAUGACAUCAGAACAGCGGCGGACGGGGACUACUGGAGGCUGUUGAACCCAGGAGAGUACAGCAUCACGGCGAGGGCCGAGGGCUACAGCGCCAGCAGUAAGGUGUGUGAGGUGGGCUACGACAUCGGAGCGACCCGCUGUGACUUCACCGUCAGCCGCACCAACCUGUCACGCAUCAAGGAGAUCAUGGAGAGAUACAACAAGCAGCCCAUCAGACAGCCUCUCAGGCCGCCCGUCAGGCAGCUGCAAGCGCGCAGGCCCGGCCCCCGACACAGACGUGUGAGGACAUCAUAGGGGGCCCCCACCAGGGAGCGUUAGGUAGAACGAGUAGCCUGGUCCCGCACCUGAAUGCGCUGUCUUGCCAACACCUGUGGUCAUUGUUCUGCCAAUCUGCCAAUGACCAGAGGGCUUUACAGCACAAACUGAUCUGGGACAAGGCUCGGUGUGAAGAGAGCAAUGAGAGACAGACUCUACCAUCUCUCUCUCUAGUUCCGAUCCAACAUCUUCUUUGAUCUCCUUUCUCUGUUUUGGAACUCUGUUUCAUCCAGAGUGUUGGUGGAAGUGCAGAUGGGAGAUGGAUGGUAAAAAGAUGAGAUAUUUGAGUGAUUGUGUUUUUCUGUAUUUAAAAACAAGGUGCUGUUCUUUCAACCAUGAAUUAAGCUCUCUGGUGCUGGUCUUACUGUAAAAUAAGUGUCUUUUUUUGGGGGGGCGGCCAUCUUAAAAAAGUUGCAAUGACUUCUCUACCAAAGAGUUAUUACAGUAUACAUGGUUAACCCGAAAUGUCAAUUUUUUUUACUUUGUGCCAUUAUUUGGUAAUGAAAGUGUCAGUCUAUAUUUCAAAUGAUGAAUUUUGACCAUGGAUAUUAACAUGUGUCUCUCUACUAACUCAUGCAGUACCAGUACAGUACCAGUACAGUACCAGUACCAGUACCAGUAUAGUACCAGUACAGUACCAGUACCAGUACAGUACCAGUAUAGUACCAGUACCAGUACCAGUACAGUACCAGUACCAGUACCAGUACAGUACAGUACAGUACAGUACCAGUACAAGUACCAGUACCAGUACAGUACCAGUACAGUACAGUACCAGUAUAGUACCAGUACCACUACCACUACCAGUACAAAGCAGUAAUAACUAUCUUACCGAAAUGUUUACAAGCUUCAUCCUUGCAAGUAAUAUCUUCUGAAAUUGUUCUUUGGAAUAAAUAAAUAAAAUGAUGCAUAUA